AUGUUCUGGUCAUGGAUGUGGGUCAUUGUUGUGGGCGUUGGGUGCCGUUCAUGGGUGGGGGGCCAAUGUUCAUGGGCACUGGGUCAUUGUUCACAGCUGGAGUCGUUGGUGGUGGGUUCUUUGUUGUUUGUGGGUGCCAGUUUGUCAUUUGUUGGUGCAGUAUUGUGUGGUCACGUUGGUGAUGUGGCAGCGCCAUGUCAUUCUGCUCUGUUGCUGUUGUCAUCUGUGUAUGCUGUGAGGUUUGUUUCUGUUGUUGUCCACAUGUGCUGUGGGUUUAGUUGUUUAAAUCCCCUUUUUUACUACAUUUGGGGUAACUCUAUGGAAUUACAUUUGGCAAAAAGUGUUUCCAUUGCCAAUGGCAAAGAAUUUUAA